AUGUACACUGCCUCUUCUAUCUCAAACAUUUCAAAUUACAUCAUGUUGACAAACCUUUCAUUCCAGGUCGACAAGCUCCCUGAUUCGCACCUGAUCGUCAAGGUUCCAUUUCAUUCCAGAUGUCGCAAGAAUCCCACACUAGAUUCACAACCUAGAAUCGAGGUAUCAACCCCAACAGGGGCGGAACAGUCCGAAGCGACGUCAAACCCUACUUUGUUGGAAGGUUCACAAGAUAGCGGAGGUGACAAUUCCUUAGACCUCAUUAGUAAAAAUCCCGAAUUGUCCGUAGAAACAUUGAAAACUAUCGCCGACAAAACUUCGAUACCCCCCAAAAAUGAACCCACACCAAAUAAAGAGAGAGACCACAUUUGGGCUAAGAUUAAAUUAGCACAAGGAGAGGGAGACGAGAUCUUAGCGAAAGCUUUAAUGAUAGCGUAUGAAGCGAUGGACGCAUCCGGCCCUAGACCCGAGGUGACAGACGUUUCCGGCCCUAGGCCUUCAAUGAACACAAGAUUGGCAUCAGCAAGACCCGUUUUGUGCAUCUCAGAUCACCAAUCCUUAGCAACAACCGCGACGGUAACUGAGGCAGAAGACAACAUAGUGUAUGCAGUGGGCGCCGUCACGAGUCACCAAGAUAUUGGGUUCACCCCUUACUUUGACGAAAAUAUUUGUAAAUUGAAGGCACCGAUUCCAUUAACCAUCUUCGACAGAGAUGUGUAUAAUAAGACCAUCUUUGCCAACAAGCUUCUGAUCCACAAAGCGAAUUGCGACAAGAUAGCAGACGUCUAUGGUUUCAUGACGGCUUUCAGAUACAAUAUGCAAAUCAGAAUGAACGCAUUCGCUCACAGGUUACCUUUGAAGGACGGCGCAGCAGUCCCAGACAUUACGGUAAAACAAGACGUAGUCGUAGAACAAUGCUAUAGCAUUGUCAGAUCUCACGGAGAGACCGGCUGGAAAGAUAAUCAUUACGCACCAGGCGGGUCUCAUGCGGCAUACGACCCAGACACGGGUACUAGAAAACCGGAGCUAUCUAGAUCGAAUUCGGUUCCAAACCAAAACAAUCACGGCAACAACCGUCAACAAAAUCAUGUCAAUCAAUAUAACAAUGCCGGUUACGGAUUCAGUAAUCAUCAAGAGAGGAGGAGAGACUCACACAGAAGUUGUUACGGAGGCAACAUGAUGCAAGGCAAUUUUCAUAACAAUUAUCCCAACAAUUAUCACUACAACACCAACUACAACAACGCUCAUUCGCAGACACAUCAACAACCUUCUAACUUUGUCAAUCACUACGAUAAUAAUAACAGCGGUGGGUACCAUCAGCCCAUGGGAGAUAGUAGGAAAAGGUUCAGGAGCUCCGGGAACAAAUCGGAAGCCAAUGAAAAACCGCCACCCAGCAUGGCUAGGGGAAGCAAACCUUCAAUUUGUGUUCCCAAAGUUGCUUGGCCGGUGACAGUAUCAUGUGAAAUGCAUAUUAAUGAGUGGAAAGAUGCACUAGAUAGGGCUGGUUUGUUACCAGAGAUGCUCCACAUCCUUGAAGGAUUCACUAUUGGUUUUGAUCAAGGGAUCCCUGAUCAUAAAGUUGGUAAUGAGAGGUGGUUCACACCCGAUAAUCACUCCUCCGCGAUCAACGCAAAAGACAAAAUACAAAAGUCUAUAAAUGAAGAAGUAGAAGCUGGUAGAAUGUUUGGCCCAUUUUCACAUGAAGAGGUCACCGAACAUUACGAAUUUUUUUGGACUAGCCCUUUAGGUUCUGUUGUAAAUACAGACGGGAAGAUGUGUCCAAUCAAUAAUCUAUCUUUCCCGAGGAAUGACAGCAAGAUAAAAACGCAUUCCGAACCGUUCAAACUUGCCCUCUUCGAUUGGGCGAAAGCUUAUCGACAAAUUCCUACCAGGGAAUCACAGUGGAAAUACCUGAUGGUAAAAGACCUUCGCGGAAGUCUAUAUGUCGACACCAGAAUUACUUUUGGAGGUGUUGCUGGAUGGGGCUCGUUUGGUUUGCCAGCAGAUGCGUGGAAACAAAUCAUGCAGUCAGAAUUCGAUGUCGUCAAAAUAUUUCGAUGGGUCGACGAUAACCUUUUCAUCAAACGGAAAAGUUCCUCUUGCAACAUGAAAACCAUAGCGGAGAGGUCAGUGAAAUUGGGAGUGGCAACCAGCGUUGAAAAGUGCUCAGAAUUUUCCGAAGAACAGAAGUUUAUAGGAUUCAUUUGGAACGGGGUUUCUAAAACAGUUCGUUUAACAGAGACCAAAUUGGAAAAACGUAAAGAGCAAAUCAAGGAAUUUUUACAACCAAAGAGAGAAUUCAAGUUCAACGAAGUCAAAAUUUUGGCAGGUAGACUUAAUCACGUAUCGCUACUCCUUCCUCAACUAAGACGCUAUUCUAGGAGCAUCUACAGGUGGAUGAAUGAAUGGAAGAAGAGGUGGGCCACGCGAGCGCCACCAGAAGACGUCAUAGAAGACCUAUCUUUCUGGUUAUCAACCCUGAACGACUAUUCUAGCACCAGACUUUGCCCCUUAAUAGACCCUACCGAGAUAAAUUGGGUAGGCGAUGCGUCGACAGGUUUCGGAAUAGGAGUCCUCAUCGGGAGGCGGUGGUCUCAACUGCGACUAAAAGAGAAUUGGGCGGAAGCAAGUCCAAAGAGAACGAUCGCGUGGCUGGAAACAGUAGCGAUCACAAUAGGAAUCCUAAUGUUAUUAUCCAUAGGUAAAGAUUUAAAAGGCCGAAACUUCAUAGUUUGGACUGAUAAUACUACAACAGAGAACACGCUACGAUCGAGGAAAUCGAGAGAUUUCCAUUCGAACAACGAAUGGAAACAAAUCCAAAAGUUACUCAUAAUUGAAGAUCUAGACAUCACCCCUUUGAGGGUGGCAUUGGCCAAAAACAUCUCCAACGGAUUAUCACAAGGGGUCCAAAGACCUCAUGCAGCGGAGAACAGGAUAAACAAAUUUCUGCGAAACGGGACAUUAGUCCGAUCCCCUUCCAAUGUCAACUUACACAUCCUGUCAGGAUUGCAAGUGUCAACACUCAAAAGCUACAACAGCGCGGUCAUUAAAUAUUUGAAAUUCUCAGUAGCAACAGGAAGACACGCCUUUGUCUUACCGAUCUCGCCAGACGACAUCGAGAAUUUUUGCUUGUGGGCAGGGAGAAGCCUUUUCUCCCAGGACUCUUCAAAGAUUUCAGUGUGCUCCAUCAAGAAGUAUCUCGCAGGUUUACGAGCAUGGCACGUGUUCCAUAAGGAAAAAUUCCCCGGCAUCAACAAGACCAGGAUUGAUCUGAUGCUAAAGGCAUCAGCCAAAGAAGACGAGUUAGUUGGCAAACAAGCCAAAAAGCUACCUAUGAUGUUAUGGCACAUGAACCAUCUGUGGAAAGAACUCUCCCACGGAUCCGACUUCGACAAAGCGGUACUAGACAUGGCGGUCGUGGCCUUUUGGGGUCUAGCUAGGCUCUCAGAACUGUCUUACAAUUCCGAAUUAGGCAUGGUUAGCUUCACGUCCUCCGUCUUGACGUCAGAUGUGGUGUUUGACACCGAAAACAUCAGUGUUGCCUCAAUCGCCAUAAGAAACGCAAAGACGGGCGCGCCCGGUAAACCUCAAUUGAUCACACUUAGAGAACAAGACCACGUCCUGUGUCCCAUCCUGGCACUAAAACAAAGGCUAUCCUCGAGCUUAGGCACCACGACUACUCUAUUUGGAUACAUGGAGAACGGAGUACGACAUCAUCUCACUAGGAGAAGGGCGGUAACACGCGUGGAACAAGUUCUUGCUGAAGGAGGUUAUGCCGGCUUGCAUGGCCACUCAUUCCGCGUAGGCGGGGCCUCCUUUUGUCUGGCACUAGGAAUGACUACACAAGACUUGUGUUUUUUAGGCAGAUGGAAAUCUGAUUGUUACAAGUUGUAUAUAAGGCCGUAUGAUCCGGAUACCAAGAAGAAGACACUGAUGUUAUUAUCCACCUUGAAAUCAAACUGGAAACGUAUGGGUUUGUAG